GCGGUCUUUCAGUAGCAAAAAAAAAAAACAGUAACAGGAAAGCGAAUAUACAAGUCCACCGAUAGAUGCAUGCUUUUAUACGAUGUACUUAUGGCAAUAGUAAUUUGCGCUCUAUUACUGUAGUUAGUAUAGUUAGUGCGGCAGCAAUGCGUUUAAUUUGAGCUCGAGCUAGGUGGCUUCACCUACGGUGUGUGAAAGAGGGAAAGGAGAGGGAACGAAAGGGGAGGGGGCGGGGGUGUAUGGACCUCACUGGUUACGGGACCUACAGGCACCCCGAUUGUGCUCUCAUAAUUUUUGGAGGUGAUCGAGGACAAAAGAAAGGGGAAAUUGGAGGAAAGGCCCGGGAUUUUUGUGUUGUGACGGGGCCCCCGACUCGCCGCCGCUGGUCGGGGUUGUCAAGACGACAGAGGGUGAGGGAAAAGCGGCGGAGCAUUCGACUCAAGACCGGGGUUUCCUGCCACACCAGCGGGAUUGUCACAAAACACCCAUUUACUCUUCGAGGGGCCUUGAAGCUUUCUCAGGACGGGGUCUCCAUCGAUACAACCACCUUAAACUGAGUUGGGGGACGGUUGGUGCGAGUUGAAGGCGUCGUUCCUCGUGUCUGAAGAUUUCCUCAGGGCUCCUGUAAACAACUGAAGAGAAAUGGACUCACACAGAUGGAAAUACUGGAGAGAAACUGUAAAGGAAAAACAAGGCGAAGCUGAAUAAAUGCAAACCUUACUUUUGAACAUUAUUAUGGUGGACUUUAAAUUGAAUAAUGAUUGAAAGAAAAAGAAAAUAAGCUAAGACGGAACAUUUUGGUGGAUAUAGGAGAGCACCAAAAAAUCGAAACGCUAAACAAAUAUAUGGUGAAGAAAGACAGAAUUGAGGGAAAACUGGAUGAAAAUGUUUCUACAAACCACACAACAUAUGUCAACAAUUCAAACAGUAUUUGAAAGCGAAUGAUCAAAAAAUAAGAGUAUUCAAAAAGUAUUAAUUUCAACAAGAACACACAGCAGUGGAUGUUUUUCUCUUUUUUUGGGACAUUGAUUAACUUGCAUUUCUGAGGAUAUUUCUCCACAGGUGCUAGCCAAAUGCACGCACACCUGUGUGAGGAAAGCUUUUCCUUGUUCACAGACUAGUCCUUACUCCUGUCAGAGCUAACGGAUUGCAGCAACAGCAUUCCAGGAGUCAAAAAGGCAGUGACUUACUCUUGACUCAUUUUUGCACAUUGGACACCAUUGAAUCCCACUGCAAUUUCACCUGAACUCUGAUUCCCUGUGUUUCUAUUACAGUGGAACAAGGACUAUUAUUUCCAAUUGUUGUUGUAUCUGUUGAUUUACUUUUGAUAUAUUCACAUUUAGUGCCAAACUACAACAUUGCAACAUCUGUAUCAUAUCCUUUUAGCAUUGAAUUAGCAGCAUUUGCUAAAUAACCAACCUGGUUGUAAUUAUAAGACAGUUCCCAACUAUUGAAACUAUUUCCAGAAUUUAUACAUUUUAACGGAUGAGUUACACUACAUCAGCAGAUUUCUAAUUAACUGUACUGCUAAUUUUCUGCUCAAGCCUCAGUGUAUCCUUCAUCUUCAUUACAUUUUCUGUUUCUUCAAAGAAUUUCUUAAAAACAUGCAGAAUUUCCCCAACAGUCCAGCAGCUCCAGCUCUUCCUCCUGGAUUUACUGGUAGAGGUAGGGGUGGCUCCUCUUACCCACCUCAGCCGACAGACCCCCAGAUAUCCCCCAGGAUGACAGAUGACUACACUGUGAUGCAACAGCAAACACCCCCAAACCCUCAAAGUCACAGUCAACUCCUAGUCCCUCGUGGGCACCACCACCCUAGUCAGGCAGCGCAUUUGCUUGCUUUUGGUGCAAGGAACAGAGCCGGGGAACCACCACAGGGUAAUAUACACAGUGGCAGUAGUAGCAACCCUUACCGAAAGGAAACAAUGGAUUAUUAUUUUGCAAUGGGUGGAAAGGACAGACAUAGAAGAGGAGGUAUGGCAUAUGGGGCAGGUUUGGGCUACUCAAAUAUGGAUGGACAUAUACCUCACCAGUACAGACAUGCUGGAACUGGUUCAGGAACGUCCUCUGGUAUCAUGUCUCCCUAUCCCUUGGAUUAUGGUUCUACGGCUGGCUCAGGUGGUAGUAGCAGUGGCAGCAAUGGUACUGGUGCUGGAGCAUUUUCCCCCUCUCAUCAGUACAACAUGGGUCAAAAUCCUGCAAUGCAGCCAGCAUCGGUGUCUCAGCACCGCCAACAUGGACAGAAUUACCCUGCUCAUCAAGGACUGCACCAUGGACAGCAGCAUCGGACAUAUCCCCUCUCUGGACACAGAAUGCCUCCACAGUUCUCCCACUACUCGCCACAGGGUAGUACACCUACAAGCUCGUCAGGAUUGUACAACUCCCCACCACAGAGAUAUCACGAUGGGGCCAGCAUUGGUGGUGUAUUUGAGCCUAAAGUCAACAUUUCUCCUAAUAUGAACUUUAAUUCAAACUCACUUUCAAGUUCUACGGCAACAAACAACGUUGGAUCAUUGGAGAAUGUUCCACAGAGUUAUCAUUCUUCAAGUUAUCCCUCAUAUCCCCCACAAACUCAUUCACUCCACAAACAAGCCGCCCUUCAGCACCGCAAUUCUCAGCACAAUUUAGGAAUAGGUUACGACAACUCUCUCAAAAUGCAGCAUCACGCGCCUCCACCGGGUUCUGUAUUUUCUAAACAUCACCAGUCCUCUAAUCCCGGAAUUCCUGAUCAAGCAUCUCAAGAAGUAGUCAAGUCCCCAAUGCACUCUCAACACCAACAGGGUCAAAACAAUCCAAACUUCAGCCCUAUAUCUAACCCCUCUCCGGCUGCCUCUGCAGUGCCGUCUCCCAGCUGUUGCUCCUCACCUUCCCCCUUGAUGAGUGUCUCGGAGGGAAAUGGAAACACACUAUGUCCGACAUCACAUGGUCCGUCGCAUCCUGCUCCCCCAAACCCUCGUAGCGGCCACGACCAUAGUCGGUUAUUGCAGACUAUGCCUCAGUUAAGUCCCACACCAAACUCUAACAGCAGCAUCAGUAGUUCUGGGAGCAGUGGCAGUAACAAAGCUGCUCGUCUGAAAACAAUUGCCGGAGUCUCAAAUCGAAGCAGAGAGGGUGUAGGUACAGGGAAAGGAUCACAUGAAGAAAGGUCAACCACAUCUAUCUAUCCAUCUUCUCCUCUUGACAAACUAAUUCAGGACCCUGGCCUAAACAGUCUAAAUGCGUUAACAUCACAGGUAGCAAAUUUACCCAACACCGUGCAGCAUAUGCUUCUCACAGACACACUAAUGUCACAUAGGAGGGGAAAAGAUGGACAAAAUCAGAUGCAGCAGGCACUACAAGCCAUGACUUCGACUCAACCAAGGAGCCGAAGUGUCAGUGCUGCCUCAAGCACUAGCACAGUCAGGGAAGGAAGUGGAAUCGGUGGUGGUGAAGGUGCAGGCUCUGAGGCUGGAGUUGAUGAAGAUUCCUUUCUGGUUUCUGGAAGAGUAACAACAGGAGCCAAAGAGGAGCAGGAUGAGCAGUUUUCUAAGGGGGAACAAUUGAGAAUGAGGCAGAUAAGUGGAGCAAGCAGUGGAUCUGAACCUGCUGGCUACUAUCCUCCUCCAACUCAGAGUCAAAUGCCCAUGGGUUCAAGUCACAACCAAUCCCAGGUUGGACAAAGUGAUCAUGGUACACAGGGAAAGAUGGUGUUCAAAGAAUCUUCUGCAAAACCAUCUCUGAAUCCUUUAACUGUUUCUGACACCAAGACAACCAAGACAACUGAAACCCGGACACCACCAUCAUCUCCCUCUGCUCCUCAAUCUGCUGAGCCUGGUCCAAACAUACAUUCUCAUACGCCUGUUUCCUCUACUCCCACAGGCCUCAUUCCCUCUUCUGAUCCUCAGUUUCACUCAAAAUGUGUUUCUGAAGAUAGUGCCACUGAUGUUAAAACCAAAAAUGGCCUUAGGAAAACAAGGGAAAUGAAAGGGGAAGGGAUUAAAGAUGAAAGUGACGGGGCGAUUGAAAAGAAGGGAAGAGGCAUCGAUGGCGAUGCAGGUAGAGCGCACACACAAGAGGAACACUUGCAACAAGAUGGACAGGACAAGGAAAAUACAAUGGAUCCGUCCUCCUCCUGUCAGAACAAAAAUGGUGAUAUGAAGGACAGGAAAAGAUGUAAAAUAAAAGACAUUGACAACUCUAAUCAAAAUUUUGAGGAACAGCAAAAUGCUGCUGGAGUGGCUGUUAUUGUGUCAAAUCGGUCUGAGUUAAGUAAUCCAGAAAAGGCUAUGCACAGAGACAACUGCAUAGAGGAAAAACAUCCACAGAGCUUUCUCAGAGAGUCUAGUAGUCAAAAUGGGGAGGAAGGAAUGGAUCUGAGUGUAUACUCUUCUCAGCAUGAAGUUCCCCAGAAACCUAACUUUGGGAAGUCUGUCCCUCAGAACUAUCCCUCCUCAGGUCCUCAGAAACAUGGUUUCCAAGAGUCAACACAUAGUGUUGCCAUGGGUUUAAAAAACAGAGGGAAACCUAGUCAAGGUAGUGUAAUGGUAUCGAAUUUAAGGUAUCAAGCAUUCCAUCAGCCACAGCCCACUUACAGCCCUGAAAACACCAAGGAUGUAGGGGGUACUGUGGUUGAGAGGUCAGUGAGGAGAGGGGAAGGAUCAGGAACAAGGGGACAGAAUGAUAAUUCUCAACUCCAGCAGCCAUUUCCAAGCCUAUUGCAGGAGGUUCUACAGGGCUAUCAUUUAGACCGGCGCUAUGGGCGAUCUGAACAGGCACUUACUGCCCAUCUUCAGGCUCAGAAUAUGACUCCGCAUCAUUACCAAAACAGACAUCCUUAUGGCAUGGCUGAUAGUAUGAGAACCCAAACUCGAGUUGGAGAGGUCACUUCGCACCCUUCCCAAAUGACCAGUCCUGGAAAGCCUCUUCAACCAAAUCAGCACCAAGGGUCUGUCCCUGAUUUUGUACCAGACCCUCCUAAUUCCUCUGUGAGAUCUGAGGUAGUAAGAACUAAGGGGUCUCACAGUGGACCUGCAGAGAAAAAUAAAGUGGUAACUCCUCAGCGUCAAUCCACCCAUAUGCCACAAUCUGCAGAGUCUUUGUCUGGAACUCCACCAAAGCACAUCAACUUAGCUGACUACUCCUUGCCUCACAGGAAACCCCCUUCAACUCAGUCCAGCUCCUCUGCUGUGCAAGAACUCCUGUUGCAGGAAACAGAGCCGUUAGUGGGCGGUGCUGGGACCAUAGCUCAAACUGAGUCACAAAUGUUGUCGGCAUCCCAUAUACCUUCAUCUAAAGAGCGCCGCUCUGUUAUAUGGGAUGUUUCUCCAAAUCGCCACAGUACACCAGAAAGGGAGAGGGAAAGUGAAAGAGAGCGGCAAAAGAACCAGAUUAGCGCCUCUGUGAUCCAGCAGCCAUCAACAAUUGACCUGGGGAACAGUAAAGAGAUGCGAGAUAAAAGAGAGGUUGGGAUGGAGGUCGCAUUUAAGGAGACCGCGGAGGUUGUACAUCAUAGUGGUCUUGCAGUGAAGGAAACUGGUGUUGAGCACCAUAACAAGGCUCUACACCCAUCUGUGGUCAUGAAUUCAGAUCCUUAUAGAAGAGGUAAGAUUGAUUUGACCACCACCUUGCCCUCUCGACAUCUGCAACAGUCCUCUCACUAUACCUGUCCCGCCAACCCUCUGUCUCCACCUUCAAGACGUCAGUCAUACCCCCAUGGUGUGGAUCUAUCUACCGGACAUGCCAGUGGAUUUCUUGGUUAUAGGUUUGGUGAUGCAAGAGAGGGCAAUAUGAUGCCGCGGAACCCCCAUUUUCCCUCUCCGCAUCCCUACAACUCAACCCAAACCCAACUGCAAAACCAACAAUCCACAAACAAAUUACAAAUGUAUCCUCACCCCCAUGCUCCUCAUGAUACUCACGACUUGGACGACAGAUGUGAUUGGCCAGGUACCAUUAAUAGACCUGCCAAGGAUAUGAUGCAGUCCAGCACCUCUCCAGGUAGACAUAAGCUUAGUCAGUCAGAGCAGAGACAAAGAAUGCAGCCCCCAACUGACAUUUUGCACAAUCGUCAAACGUUGGCUAAACAGCAAGUUCCUCAACUGAGCACUUACUAUGACCUGAAAAUGUGGGAGUCAACACACUCUGGUAGGGAGAAUGUAGGGAUCUUGGACGGGGACCCUUACCAGAGAACUCGACAGCCCCUUCAUACUGCCCCACAAUUGGUUCCAACAACUGCACCAGUCUCCAACAUGCUUGAAUCAGCUACCUCUCGGGGGGUUGCAGAAGACAUUGUUAAAUCGCUCCAUCCAAAAUCCACAGUCCAUUCCAUUAAAACAGCUGGUGUUGGUGCUAAUGUCAAUUCAAUGAUGCCCCAGAGCCAUCGACCAACUAAAUCUGGGGCUUCUGGAGAUACCAAUCCAUUAAUGUUGAGGAGGAGAGUUCGAUCUUUCAUUUCGCCUAUCCCUGCCAAGAGGCAGCAUCAGGAUGUAUUUCAGCAAAGGAGUACCCCCAGUUCAUAUCACUCACCUUUGGCCCAUUCUGAAUCCAGCCUCCAAAAUGAAGAGGACUCAUCCAGUUCUGAUACAACAACACUUGGUUCCCCUAAUACCCCUUGUCUCACACCUGGACAAAGCACUUAUUCACAAUCCUCCUCACCGGUUCAGUGUAGAAAGAGUCUGCCUCCAAGAAAAGGGAGAGGUUUGAAACUGGAGGCUAUUGUUCAGAAAAUUACACCAAAUGUGAAGAAAAGUAGCCAUGCUGAGUCAAAUGAUUUUGAUGGAUUUUCACACACUGAAACAUCUCAGUUCACUGACACACAGGACGAAGAGGAAUGCUUACCGUAUCUAGAUGAAAGUCACACUUUAAGUGACAUAAUGCCCUACAGAGGGGUUGAAGAGACCGGACCAUUACCGCCCACCCCAUUCCCCUGUGAUCCUCACCAGACAUUACACGUUUUAAAACGUGGCACUGCGGGAGCCGUCACACGGCCUAUGCAGCCGGACUUUGACUUUGGUUUAGGGGCUUCAGCGUCUAGUACCGGGGAUAGGGAUAAAGAGAUUCCCACUGACUUUACCUUGUUAGGACCCUUACCGCCACCCCCACCACUGCCUUGUCCAGUACAGGGCUCUCCCCCACCCUCUUCAUCAGCCUUGUCUGACAUUCAGCAUUUCACUAAUACUUACCAGCAACUCGAAACUCGACGAGGUGAACAGUCUGCGGCCAACCUUCUGAGACAGAAACUCCAGGAAGCUGGGAUGGGGUAUGAUGAUUACAGUAGCAGUGACUACUAUGGAACUACCCCCCCACACCACAGUCAGGCCCAAGGCCACCUGCUAAGACAGCCACAUCAAACCUCUCCAAGGGUGUCUUUGUCAAUGACUGGCUGUCCACAAGAUUCUAAAACCUCAGACAGUUCUGUUCCUAAAGGCUAUUUCCCAUCAGGCAAGAAGAAGGGAAGGCCUGUUGGAAGUGUGAAUAAGCAAAAACGUUCUCAAGCUGUCCAGCCACAGAAUGCAAACCCCAGUGUUCUGCCUGGACCACCCACCCAAUCUUCUACAACGGUUACCCCACAGGUAGCCCCAAGCCCUACUACCCCAACCUCUGUCCCAUCAAUCAUUCUUCAGACUGAGCAGAAAAGUACCCCUCCUGAGAUUCCACCUGUUUUGACCCAAGUCGUAAAAUUGGAUGUUGAAAGUGAGGACACUCAACCAGAGACGGAGCUGAAGUCUGUCAGCCAGAAACAAAUGGGGGUGAAAGAUGAGAGUGAGGGAGUUGGAUCAAGAGGCAGGCAGAGGAGGAGGAGAAGAGGAGUAGCUGCAGCGGCAGCUAUAGAUGACCUGGAAGCGGCUACAAGAGCAGGAGGAAACUUAAGUAACACCAGAGUUUUUCCUGAUAAUAGCAAGUGUUCCUUUGCUCCAUACAUACAUGUGGAGAGAAAAGUAGCUGAAAUCGGAGCUGUAUGCACAAUUGUGAAUGGUGAAGAGGAAAAGAUGAAGGGAGAGCGUUGUGCUGUUGGAGGGAAACCAGGCAGUAGUGGGAUUGAAGCUCCCUUAGGCUCUCUUUUGUCCCAACUACCCAGGAGAGAGAGAGAAAUUGAGAUUGGCAAAGAGAAGAGGGAUCUAGAGGAAGUUGACUCUGCCCUCCAGACAGGAAAGGCAAUACCUUCAUCUGAGUAUGUACUACCAGGCCCUGUGAUUACUGAAUCCAGUCAUUCUGGCCGUCUUCUCUGCUGCCUGUGCCAGAAAUGGGCCAAUUACAAAAACCUUGGCGAUCUCUAUGGACCUUACUACCCUCCUGAAUAUGCAGCAAGGCUUCCCAAGAAUCAACCUCAGAUUCGACAGAGUCUUGUGACUACUGGAGCGAGUAAAAAUGUGCCAAAUCUAGAUACCAUUUCAAAUGUGUUGACCACUCAAGAACCUCAGCCGCAAGAUGAGCCAACUAUCAAGUCCUCAACUUACAGUGAUUGCAUGUUUAGUCAAGUGACAAAUGCAGCAUCCCUUACCACUGCUGUUGACACUGCCUCUCCAGCAGGUGGAGAUGAAAUGCUUUAUCUGGCCGACAAACUUGCUAGUACCACCGCCAGUAAGACAGCCAUUCUUAAUUGGGACAUGCCUCCGCAGUUAAAACCGAUGACUGAGCUAACAAAACAACCCGAAUCUCACAGUAAACCCACCUACAGUCAGCAGGACCAACCAUGCCAGCAAAAGCAGCCCGAAGACACCCAACAAAGGCCUCAGCACAGAAAGUUGACCUCUCACCCAAGAUUUAAAAGGCGACAUAAAUCCAGCGAAGAUUCCCCUAGAAUGGUUCCAUCUAACAGCAAAGCCUCAUUGCCAUUCCAGCCUCCUCCACCAACUUUGGACUCCCUUGGGCCCCUUGCACAGUUGGCCCAACUUCCUAAGAUGCCCAUGGACCCAGAGGAGCUGUGGCUUCAUGAGGCUUGCAUGGUCUGGGCCAGUGGGGUUUACUUAGUCAAUGGAAGACUGUACGGUCUUCAGGAGGCUCUAGAUGGUGCCAGAGACACAGUCUGCUCGUACUGUGAGAUGGUUGGCUCAACCCUUGGUUGUUACAGCAAAGGCUGUACCCUGAGAUAUCACUACCCAUGUGCCAUGGAUGCAGACUGCUCCCUGAAUGAAGAUAACUUUUCUCUACGAUGUCCGAAGCAUAAGGUAAAGAAGGAGAGUUUCCCCAGAGUAGUCGGCCAGCAAAGUCUGUGUACCUUGAGCAGUCUGAGAGAGGCUGAGGAAGACAGCGAGGAUGAAGACACGCAGGAGUUUGGGAACCGUUUGCUCGGAACAUUGAAAGACUGAGGAUUGUUAGUGAAACAACCAGCCGUAAUGAGAAUGCAAUGAGCGUCUGUUGACAGAUGGACUGCGAUGACAGAAAAAAAGAGGAAUGUAACAUUUCUGAAAGGGGGUUAACUUUAAAACAUUUAAGACAAUGGGGGGGGGAAAAAAGAAAUGUUUUUUAAGUGAAUUAUCAAUCCUUACUUUGCAAAGAAAAAAAGCGAUCAAAGCAACGCGGAUGAAGGGAAAUAAUAAAAAAGGCUAUGUUGAGACAGAAUAAGACAUUGUGAGUGACACUACAGAAAGGAACUUCCUUUUCAAAGAAGAAAAGAAACAAGCAGCCUCUCUAGGCAAAUGUUACAUUUCUGGAGAAACCCUCUAACUUUGUUUCCAUCAUUGCUAUCAUACUUUUAUCUAUCCUGAUUUUUUCCUGUAUGUUAUGAAUCAGUAUAUUGGGAGCAAUCCAUCCGGAGGACUGUGAAAGAGUGUUGGGAUAGAAAGUUGUCAUUAUAGCUCAAAGGACUUUUUAGUAGUAUUUCAUCAUAAUCUUCAUAAUCAUUAUUAUUUUAGGUACCAUUAUUAUUUGUAUCUGCAACAGUGUAUGCUGAAAUGGAUCUAUAUUUCAUCAACAUAUCAUUCAUUGAACAUUGGAUAUUUUAUCAUUCCUGGAGAGGGAGGUGCCAGAAUGACAUCAUUUGGAAUGUCAGGGUCGAUUUGCCUCAGAGACAUUAUUGCCUUGGAGAAUGGACUUGUUGCCUUUCAAAGUGUGUAUGUAUUAGAGUGAAUGUCUCUAAAAAAUGUGGAUGAGUGUCCAUUUUUGGUCCUUUGAAAAGUGUUCUUAUUUUUCAUCUUUGGGGUUUUUACGGUACAGAUUAUUCAUGAAAAUCAAAUGGACAUUGUAUUAGUUAUUUUUCAAACAAAUAUUCAUAAUAUGCUGAGAGAAUAACUGACCCGAUAUGAGAUGACAAUGUUGAUUAAUGCCUGCCAUCGUAGACCAUGUUCAUUGGGAGAAGACUUCAGAUGGCAGGUCUACCAAGUGUUGAUAUUGUGGUGGAUUUUGUUCUAUAAACGGAUGGGAUUUUACCUGAAAAGAAAGACAAAUUGACCAAGCAGUAGCCAAACGUUUAGGAAUCCCGAGGGUUUUGGGAAUGACUAGGACUGGGAGUCCCCCAACUUUACUGUGGAACGAGGAAUCAGUACAUCCCAACUACUUCAAUAGGUUCAUUUCUCAGUGACACUUAAGAUAUGGAUCACGAUAUGCUAUCAUUCAAUGCAUUCAAAAGAAGCGAUGCCAUAAACUUAAAGUGAGUCGUU